AUGGCGGAAGCUAUCACCAAUCUCCUGGAGAUGGGAGCUACCAAUUUCUAUCGAAAUGUAACGGGAGCCUUCGAACAGAUGAAAACGAUGGAACUUCAGAAAUGGAUUCGAAUUAUCGCAGUCGUUGGAGCAUACCUUCUCAUUAGGCCAUAUUUCAUCAAGCUUGGCGCGAAGAAGCAGGAGAAAGAAUACUCUAAAGCAUUGGGUGAACAUGCGGAAAAGAAGGAGAAGGAAAAGCACGUCGGCGCAAACUCUUUCAGAGACUCAGUCAAAAUCCCCGAGGAUACGGACAGCGAGGAGGAUGCGAAAGCCAGUUCGAAUGACGUGAAAUGGGGCGGCAAGGCACGAAAGAAGCAGAGGCAGACAAUCAGGAAAAUUUUAGAUCAGGAGGAGAAGCUGAGAAGACAACAACAAGAGGAUGAUGAGGACAAGGAUAUUCAAGAAUUCCUCCACGAUUAG